AUGUCUGGAAAAGUGCCGCUCAACCGAAACGCCGAAGACAAGGGCCCCGUGGCUCUUGGCAUUGUCAUCUCUAUGUCGGUCCUCAGCACCCUCUUCACCGCUGGGAGACUCUUCGUCAGAGGUAAAAUAUUGAAGCAUUUUCAUCUCGACGACUACUUGAUUGUCGCGUCUGUAGUAUGCGGAUGGAUGAAUGUUGGAACGGCUAUCGCGGCGGUGGCGCACGGAAAUGGCCGGCACUUUGACGUACUAACACUCGAGCAAAAGUCCGGAGCGAUACUCUGGACCAUUGCCGGCUUCCCUGCUGGGGUCAUGUCUUUUGGACUCCCGAAGCUUGCUGUCGUCGCGCUUCUCACACGAAUCAUGAAUCCUAGCAGAUGGCAUGCGCUUUUCCUGUGGUUCAUCGCCACAUUUUGUCUCAUCAACUUGAUUGGAUGCGUAAUCAUUCUUUUUGCCCAAUGCCAACCUUCUCACGCACAGUGGGACUUUUCGGUCACAGACAAGACGUGCUGGGACAAGUGGAUUCUGGUUUACUUUGCUAUCUACUCUGGAGGCUUCUGCGCGUUUGUGGACCUUUACUUGGCCAUAUAUCCAGCCGUUGUCCUUUCGAAGCUACAGAUGAGUGUGAGAAAGAAGGUAGCUCUGAGCAUCGCUCUGGGGAUUGGGUCAAUCUCAUCGAUCGUUGCCAUAUACAAAUGCUCUCGCCUUCCAGGUCUCGCAAGUUUGGAUUUUUCAUACGACACUUCGGACUUGGUAAUUUGGACCAUAGUGGAGGGCAGCACGAUGAUCAUUGCCGCAUGCAUUCCCGUACUCCAACCUCUCGGCGAGCUCAUCUUUGGCAAGCGCAUCUUCACUUCUGGGAGAGGCCGAUAUACGUAUGAAAACUAUGGUUCGGGUCCGAGUGGUCAACAUCGAUCCGACAUCGAAAUGUCUCGAUCCAAGGACGCGAAGAAGAGAGUAGCCAGAAGGGAAGACGGCGCUGAUGCGAUCAGCUUGGACGAUACGGUAACAACAACGAAGAUCACAAAGGGAAGUCAAGAGAGCAUUCUAAAACGCGAGAACAUGGGCAGAAGUAUUGUGAGAACAGAUGUAAUCAGCGUUAGCAUUGAAUUGAGCAAGUCUUGA